UUCAGAAUAUGCUCCGCCUUGUCGUGCUGCCGCCGUUGAAUUGUCCAUUUUCUUCCGUCUAAUUCUAGCGCAGGCCCAUCUUUCCAAUCUUUCCAGAUCCAGGUUUGGGUGGGUGUAGCAAAUAGCUAACCGAGGCGAACACUGUCCCUCAGCCCACCGACCCUGCUCUCAAACAGGACCUGUCCCUGGCCAAUUCCUUGUUCAGCGGGCUCAUGACGAGAAGGAUUCGUGGCCGGGCCCGGAACAAUAUGCUUAAGGGGCGCUAUCCACAACGCUGGGCUUGGCCUCCGAGGAUUCCCCGAUACGAUACAAGUCAGAAUGAUGCUGCUUGCAUGUCCGAGAGCGGAACCCCCUGUAGCCGGGAGAUGCGAUGAUGAUGAGUUCGAAAUGGCUAAUAAAAAGGGCCCGGUCCCCUCGGCCAUCAGUUCCUUUUUCCUGCCACUCUGAAUGACAAGUUACAUUUACGCCCUUCUCUCCCCCGUUAUAGUUACUUCGCUUACCCAGCUCCGGUCCCUAUAUCACAAUGACAGAGAUACAGCCAACCCUCAAUGGGCUCGCAGCCAAGAUUACCGAACUUUCAGAGACGUUUACUAAGUUGUUGCAGGAGAACAAUAUUCCAGAACCGACUUUCGCUGCGGAUAGCCCACCUAGCUAUGUUGGCUUGACGGCAGAAAGCUUCCUGAUACGACAAAAGCUCCUUGACGCAGUAAAUGAUAUGUGGUAUCUGACACAGGGUCCGAGUGAGAGUAUUUUCAACUAUGUUCACACUGCCAUGCCCGAUGCCGCCGCUCUCAAUACUAUGAAUUAUUUCGAUUUCUGGUCUGCCGUGCCUGUCAACGGUACUGCUUCUUACGCCGACAUCGCAGAGCAUACAUCUCUUCCCGAAGAUGUUGUUUAUCGCCUUUUACAACACGCAAUGACGCUUCGGAUAUUCUCAGAGACCGAGCCUGGAAAGCCCUCGUCCCGCGUGCAGCACACGUCCCGUUCUGCUGCGCUAGCCCGUUCAUCGGGGUUAAGAGCCCUUGUUUCUACAGUGCUGGAUGACUCAGGCGCCCCCAUGAUGGUCAUGAAUGAAGCGCUAGCAAAAUACAGCCGCGGGAAGCCCGCGCUGACCCAAGAAAUGAACGAGACAUCAUUUGCUCUGUUCCAUAGGAGCGGAAUAUAUGGGAAAUAUAGUAACCCCUGGGAGUUCCUGGAAAAUGACGGUGAGGGGGAGAAAAAAGGUUGGCGAGCUGCGAACUUUGCGGAGUUUAUGCGUUAUGUGAAAGAAAUUUUCCGUCUUGAAGAAGUGGUGCUUCAAUGUCAUGAUUGGAAGGCGGCGGGAAAGGCAACUGUGGUAGAUUUGGGUGGCUCCGCCGGCCACGACGCGGUAGUACUAGCACGGAACUUCCCAGACCUCAAAAUCAUAGUCCAGGACCUGCCUAAAGUCAAGCCUGUGUUCGACACAGAAUUUCCAUCGGAAUUCAAGCCACGCGUGUCCUUUGUAGAACACGACUUCUUCCAGCCGCAGCCGGUCCAAGCUGAUAUUUACAUAAUCAAAAUGAUUCUCCACGACUGGCCUGACCAAGAGGCAGCGAAGAUAUUGCGUGCGUUGGUUCCCGCAUUGAAGCCCGGUGCUCGAGUUCUUCUCAUAGAAUACAUUGGCAAGCACGAUAAAACGGAAGGACCUGCGUUGCCACGCUCGAUCCAGCAAAUGGGCACCGCAACCGAUGUGAGAAUGAUGGCAUUAUUUAAUACAAAGGAACGCGCGGUUGAUGGUUGGAAGGACAUUUUCCGCGCUGCAGAUGAGCGGUUUGAUGUUGUCCGUGUCAACGCGAGUUCGGAGACGUUCUUCGCUGUGGUUGAGGCUGUGUGGCGGGGAUGAGAGGGUAGGUAGUAUUUAUUUGUGCGCGGGGACAACAGUAGCCAGGACUUUGGCGUAUCCCCAUCCUGGUCUCUGGUCUUGUGAGUUUAAGAUAUUGAAAUAUUAAUUAUGAUGUCCUCCAUUUGGUUAAUGAAAUUGCUGGGCCGAAUUUAACUGCAUAGAUAUUUGAAUAUGUAGCUAGAAAUCGUUCCCCGCUCCGCUGUAUGACAGGUUACACUUUAGAAUCCUUAACUCGACACAAAUGGCGAACAUUGGGUUGUUCUGAAAUUAGAAAACCAAAACCGCUGAAGCCUAGAGGCGUGGAUGAGGGGCUAGGAUUCUCAUGACAAAGCUGCUUAGAGCUUCAUAGACAAAGAACAAAACGAGAAG